AUGGUCAAGCCGCAAUCGUCCUCAAGCGCGUCCUCCGCGAUCGCAGGCCCCCAGCUCUCCGCGAUCUUGCGGCCCCAGCUCAAGCGAUCACGUAAAGGUUGCAUGAAAGGUAAAGGCGGCCCUGAGAACGCAGCGUGCCAGUACCGUGGAGUCCGCCAGCGGGUGUGGGGGAAGUGGGUCGCCGAGAUCCGGGAGCCCAACUGUGGAGCUCGCAUCUGGCUGGGGACGUUUGACACCGCCGUGGAGGCUGCCAGGGCUUACGAUCAAGCCGCCUUGAAGUACUUCGGCGAGAACGCGCGUCUCAAUCUCCCUGAUUCGCUUCCUCCAUGGCCGGCUCUUGUUCCUCCUCCCACCGCCACCACGUCUCCAGCACCAGUCUCCAAGAGGGCGAUCAAGCGAGGACCGGUCGAUCGCAAGCUCCUCCCCCCGCCCCGCGCCGCGGGGAGCAGCUCUGGUUCCUCGAUCGUCGGGAGGCCUUUGGUUUCUUCCGUGCCGCCCGCCAUCGCCGACCUCGGGGAGCCGAUCAUGCCGAUGGUGCCGAUCGCGUUCAACGUUUUUGGGAUCUCCUCGGCCUCCGCGGACGAGGCGCUCCUCAAUCUGGCAGCGCCCACCGCCUCCUCGGCCUCGUCUAUCCCCAACACCGAGCACAGCGGCAGCGACAAUUCCACGCUCGCAUCGCUCAACGCGUAUUCCUCCACCGAAGACGACAUGGAAGAGGUAUGGAAGGAGCUAUCCAACGAUCAGAUCGAUGGAUUCUCCCUAUCUUCCUGUAGAUUCAAUUGA